AGCUCCUUUUAUGGGUUCCCUGGCUCUGGAUUAUUGCACAUAGCCAUCCUGAAGAUUGGCAUUGAACAGCUCUAUUUUUUGGAUUAGUUUCCCAAAAUUAUAGUUUAAAACCUUGGUCCCUGACAGCUCCAUUUUUAGCCUUUAGAUCCUUUUUGAGAAGGAACAGAUUAGAAAAGAAGGUGAGUUGUCUUUUGGUGGUUGAGACACACACUGUAAACUAUUUUUAAUUUCAGGGGUUUUGUUUUGGGGAUUUUUGUGUUUAUUUAGUGCAAGCCUAAUAAGCUAGCCUGAUCAAUCCUCUGGAGAGUGCUGGAGUAUUUUCUUUGUUGACUUGGCAGACACUGCAUAUGCGAAGAACAAACUGAAUGGGAAAUGGUAUUACUUUGAUGAUAGCAACGUGUCGUUGGCCUCUGAGGAUCAGAUCGUGACUAAAGCAGCUUAUGUGCUAUUUUACCAGCGUCGGGAUGAUGAAUUUUAUAAGACACCUUCACUCAGCAGUUCUGGUUCCUCUGAUGGAGGGACACGACGAAGCAGCUGUCAGCAGGGCUUGGGGGAUGACGAGGCUUGCAGCAUGGACACCAACUGAUGCUGACUCCACGAUCCUGCCACCCUGCAGCACCAGCGUAAUCCCAGAAGAACAUCUUUGGCACUCUGCAGACUGCUAGUGUUCCGUUUAAAAACCAGAUGAAGAAAUUCCCUUCUUUCAUGAGCAGAAGAAAAAAAAAAAAAAAAAAAAAGACUGUUUGCUUAGAAGAGGCUAUGUCAAGAGGCUGAAUUAUUUUUCUUUUUAAAUAGGUGGUGAGAAAUUUCUGUGAAACCUGUGAAGCUGAGAAGUGGGGUGGGAUGGGGUUACACAAUGGAGUAUGUCUGAUGGAUCCCAAAGAAUGGAGAGGAACACAGGCACUGAGUAUGGAGGAUCCUGGAGACCCACCCCACCUGCAGGGCUGCCCUGAGCUCCUGGAUUUCUGGUUCUGGUGCCGAUACUGGUCACCUAAGUAGUCUGCUCACAGUAACCCAAGCCUCAAGUAAACUCCCCUCUCUCUUUUCUGAAAGUUAGCCACUGAAGCCCAUUUCUCCUUUGAGUCAUCUUGUAAUUUCCAGCUUUCUCCCUGCUAAAGAAAUGAAGAUAUUUAGUGCUGGGGGUCUCCGGCCCCUCAACUUCCUAUGGAACCCAGCAGUUCUGUUGACCCGCGCUAUCCUAGAUGAAUUAAGACAGUUAAAUACUGUGUGGAACUUUUAUUAGAUAACACUUAAAGGAAGUCAGUACAUAAAACUGCCCGGUGCUGUGUUCGUCAGUCGUUUACAUGUUGGCGUGAGAACAGAAACCUUUGUGGGAGCGGUUAGCCCGGAAAGGGCUCCAGUUUAUGCGGAUUUAGAGUAGUAAUACAUUUUGGUGUUACGCAGAUACUUUCCAGCCCAGGCUCUUUCCUCAACCCUGCCAAGACUUCUCCCGGGAUCCCCAGUACGAAAGCCCCGUCCCCACUCCCAGUGGGGGCCCGGCCGCUGCGUGUCGGGCCACCAGACCUUAACCGGAUGUACGGGUCUGGGCUUUUUUGUUUGACCUUUAACCUGACCCGUGGGUGUUCGGGGCCUGCCGGUCUGGGGCGCGCGCGUGCGGUGACCGUUGGCAGGGUCGGCGUCGCAGCGCUGCGGGUGAGAACAAGGACUCGUCUGCCUACCUGUCAGAGGGCGGGCCGCGAGUUGCGGGGUAGGGCUGGCGGCCUGGGAGCCGCGGUGGGGCGGGCUAGGAAGCUGUGGGAGGGGAGGCGGGGCGGGGCAGGGCGUUCAUGGAGCUUCUGGCAGAUCGCGGGUUCCUCCGCGAGAGCAGAGAACCGCCUACUCCAAGAGGAAAGCCGGAGGGUUGUGGGUCCUGCUAUAGCUAGGGCCACGCUCCAGGAAAUCGUGGCCAUUUCGGGGUGGUUUACAGCCUCAUUUGUAACAUCAUUCUUGUGUUGCCCUGUGCAUUUCCAAUGCAUUACAUAAAGACAUGGUCGCUUUUAGGAGAAAUGUCUGAAAAACUAAGAAGAUGCAGAAAGGAACUGACUGCAGCCAUUGACCGGGCCUUUGAAGGAGUCAGUAAUUCCCAGGAGUGCACAGGCCAGCAGAGGCUGGAGCUGGGCCCCGCUCCGCUUUCCUUCUCGCUGCCCGUGCACAGGGUCCUCUGCAGAAGACAUCCUCUGGCAGCAUUCUCCUCUGCUGCUCCUUUUGCUGCUGUCUCCUGUGCUUCUGAGAAUGAGAACCCUGCCUUUGCACCAAACCGUGUCUCGGUAAAUGCAAAACCACACGCUCUGUGCCCUGAGAGAAAACCUCUGACCAGCAAGGAAAAUGUAUUGAUGCAUUCCUCCAUUUUGGCACCUGAGAGUGAGUUUCGGAGAACUGCAGGAGAGGGGACAAACUGGAGAAAAGACAGUUUCAGGAAAGAUAUGGAGAGAGAUUUGAAGGCUGACUCAAACAUGCCACUCAACAAUUCUAACCAAGAGGUCACAGAGGAUCUGCUUGAUAUGAUUGACCAUACAAGCAUCCGAACUAUUGAAGAAUUGGCUGGAAAGAUUGAAUUUGAAAACGAAUUGAACCACGUGUGUGCUCAUUGUCAAGAUUCAUCCUUCAAGGAGGAAGCCUGGGCCCUGCUUGUGGACAAGAGUCCUCAGAAGGCCUCAGAUACUGACCCUGGCAGCCUCAAACAGGCUUUUGAUGAUCAUAAUAUCAUUGAGACUGUUCUGGACUUGGAAGAGGACUACAAUGUGAUGACCUCUUUUAAAUAUCAAAUUGAGUAAGGACAGUUGAUCUAAGCCUUACAGCAGGAGGCAGCUCUUGAGCCUGAGCAGAGGCAGCCACAAUGGCCAUCAAGGGCCACAUUUCUCAAAAAGUUGGCAGAACCUGAAUUACCAGACGGUUUUUAACUCCCAGUUGUGUCCCUUUUUAAGCUGUGAGACCAGUUUUUGAAUGCUAUUUCUUUGAAGUGUUUCCUAUUAUUAUUAUUUUUUUACUUGA